AGAACUUUCAGUAGAAUAAAGGCUCUAGUCGGCAUCACACUGUAGUCCCAACAAUUUUUGGAUCAAAAUUUUCUCGCUAUUUAUCUAGGCUAAAAUUUUAUCCGUAAGCUUUAUUAUGUCCAGCUAUAGAAGAUUAUUUCGGGCAAAGCGCCUAAUGAAUUUGAUGAAGGCUAAUCGCGGAAUGACCAGUACUGGCAAGCAACCGAUUUUCGAUGUGGAGACUAGAAAAGACUUUGAGCAACGUGUGAUCAACAGCGAUCGGCCGGUGGUUGUGGACUUUCAUGCCAGCUGGUGCUGUCCAUGCAAGGCUCUGGCCCCUCGACUGGAAAACGUUGUGUCCGAGCAGGAAGGUCGAGUGAGAUUGGCCCGGGUCGAUAUUGAUGAGCAUGGGGAACUGGCCCUUGACUACAACGUGGGGUCCGUUCCUUCAUUGGUGGUCAUCAGCAACGGCAAGGUGGUAAAUCGAAUGGUUGGCCUGCAGACCAGCGAAUACCUACGCAAGUGGCUCCUUAAGGCGGUGCCACACCCACCACCUGAGGAUACGGAAAACUAAAUCAGCAUGUCACUAGGGAGUGAUAACACGUUCAUUGUAGGCUAGCUUUCAGUUUUAUUAAACCACGUUCUCAGCAAAACGUUUUUAAUUAAUUUUCGAUUUAACAAGUUCCUUAGGUGUUUGCACUCGAAGAAAUAAAGAACCAACUAUGUGGAUUAUAACUA